GAUUAGUGGCAGGGUAUCCAAAACUUUGUGGAAGUCAAGCGUGGUUUGCCUGGCUAUUAUGAGAAGCACUGGAGGUAGAGUCAGUAGGAUUUUUUAUUAGCGAGUCUUGCAAGGCUAGCAGCAUAAUAAGGGCGGUGUGGUUUUUGAUCACUGAAGUAUAUAUAUCCCUUUUGUUGCCGCAACAUUCCUUGCUGAUGGAAAGAGGGGGAUUAGAAAAGAAAAAGCCAGUUGAAAUUAAGGAAGCGUGGGUUAAAUUACCCUGUCACAACUAGCUAUACAUGUAUUUGAAAUAUGUCGUGUAUCGAAGAAGCGAGAUUUUUUGUUGCAAAAUGAAAAAGUUUGUUAGAAAAUGUAACGUUAGAGUCCAGCAUGGCAGUUCAAGCACCAAAGACGAAAGCAUCCAAGUUGUUAAGGGCCCCUCAUCGUACCAGCGGCAUCAGGAUAACUGCAUCGGUGAGAGAUUCAUGACCUACGACAGGUUGUGUAGGGAGAUGUCAUGGAGCUUCGACACCACUGUAGCAUGGUGCCAGAACAUGGGCUUAAUCGCAAUACAGAUGCUCUGUCCUCACUCCUGUGAACCCAUGAAGAUCGUGGAAGCAGGAGACAGAUUGGACCACCAGAAAUGGGAAUGCCGCAGGCAGGUAAAUGGGAAGAGGCAUCGCUGAGAAAAGUCCAUCUGCAACGGAAGUUGGUUUUCACAGAGCAACUUGUCACUGGAGGAGACAUUGAAACUAACAUAUUGGUGGUGUUGCGACCUCACCCAAGGACAAAUUUGGAUGCAGUUGGAGAGCACACAGCUGUGGACUGAGACAGGUUUUGUUGCGAGACGUGCAAAGUAGUGAUGUUGGACAUGGAUAAAAAACAAACCGGAGGGCCGGGGAAACAUGUCCAAAUUGAUGAAAGCAAGAUUGGGAAGCGAAAAUACUACCGGGGACACCGGUAGUGGAAGGGCAGUGGGUAUUCAGCGGCAUGGAGGAAGACUCCAGAGAAUGUUUCCUUCUCACUGUGGAGAAGCGUGAUGAGGCUACUCUUCUACCAUUCAUACAGGACUGGAUUGCCCCCCGGCACAACCAUAGUAUCGGAUUGCUGGAAGGCAUACACAAAUUUGGAGAAAUGUGGAUAAGUACACGAAACUGUAAACCAUUCCAAGGAAUUUGUCAGUAAAUUCGGAGGACACACUAACAAGAUUGAAGGACAUUGGGGACAAAUGAAGGCCGGUAUGCCAAGUCAUGGACGGCAAAAGUGUCAUUACUUUUCAUUUUUAGGCAAAUUUUUGUACCGGCACAAAAACAAAGGACGGGACAUAUUCAUGUUGUUUGUAUUGGACGCAGCAAGGUAUACAAUGUAUAUAUAUAAUCCAGCCAAACAGUAGGCGAUAACAAUAUGUAAGAAGAAUGGGCAGCUUGGGUAAGUUGAUCUGUGGAAUUGUCCAUGUAGGCUAUACAUACUCAUUUGGGAAGAAGUUAGGUAUCCGUUUUUCAGUAAGAAUAAAUGUUUAGUUUUGCUACUUAUUACCCUUGAAAGCAAAAACAAAUCAAGGAAUUACCCUUAACAGCAAAAGCAAAUCUUUUACCCUUAAAAGCAAAAGCAAAUCAAAGCCCCCUACAGCAGAUAGUGCAGACAUGCCACGUCUGCCGAUUCGAACACGGGCAGUUCCAAAUUGGGCAUUUUACGGCCAAUUGUGAUUAGGUGAAGCUAUUGGCUUAUGUACAAAAAUCACUGAGUGCAUAACGAAACCCUGUGUGAGUAGUCAAGCGCGACAUCGUAGCCGGCUACGAUGUGGGAGAGGUGAGUGGCAGGGUAUUCUGCAAUUGUGCCACCAUCUCAAUCCAAAGUAUCCUGCGACUAAUUCUAAGAUCAUGCAUGUUGCACAUUAGUCAUCACACUGCACCAAACAAUGUGUGUCUACAUGACAGUCUUGACAGUAUAAUUAUAGGCCUAGGAUUAGGCUUAGCCCCCUGCAAAAUUAAUUAGGCUAGGGCUUAGGCCAAUAUGGGCCCUUCCUGGAUGGAUAUCAAUCAGAGAGAAGUCCUCUACUCAGCUCUGGAGCAGAUUGGCUACAGUGAUCUUGUCCAGAGCUUUGCAUAUCACCAUGGCAACAGAGCCAUCCCCUUGUAAAGAUGAAAAGAAUGAAGAUACAGCUGCAAGAUGUUUUCAACAAAUCAAGCAGUGGCCAAAGAUUAUGGAAUUACUUGGAGAGGACAAAGUACCAGCUGCACAACUCUGCGAAUCUUUUGAUACAUUGAGUCAGAUUUUGCAGCAAACCUCAGACAGUCUUCCAGAGUAUAGUUCUACUGCUUUGGACAUUGUGCAGAAGAUUCUCAACAUUCAUAUCUCUCACAUUUACCAUGCACUGAAUAGUAAUAACGACAGCUCUCUCAUCAUGUCUGCUCUUAAUCUCCUGAUUGCCAUGGUCACCUACAGUCAGCAAGCCGCCAGAGACGUUCUUUCUACUGUUAAUUUCCAGCAUGGUGUCUUUAUGGCACAAGUCAACAGAAUGGAUUUAAAGACUGAAGAUGACAUACGUAACUGUUGUAUUCGUCUAGCAAUGGCAUUCUUUGUGAGUGGAGAUAAUAAACUCAUCAAGCAGUUUUUGACAAACAAAGACUUUCUGAAGUGUUUCUUCAAGAAGCUUGGACAUGAUCGAGCGUGUAAUAUUAAGCUUAUCCUGGUGACAUUGACGCAGUACCUAGUCUGCAAUCCAGCAGUGACCAAGACAGAGAAACUUCACAUCUUAAAUAACUACACCCUCCAACAAGUUGCUGAAUUGUACGUAUGGAAGGGCACUUCUGAAGCAAUGCAUGACCCUAACAUUGAUGAAGAUCUCCAAGUGUUAGAGAUACGUCAACUUUGUCAUCAGUUUCUACUGAAAGUCACGUGUGACCUCAAACAUGGCAUCAAUUUCUUGGACAACUCUCUAGGACUGUCAGGAAAAAAUUACAAUUCUAUUUUGCUGAAGUUCUUAUUGAGUCUUCAUAAUGCCACAAAAGAUGAGUUGAUGUUGGAGCUGGUUGUUCAAAUUCUACAUACAUGUCCUGAUAUUGUCAACCAGUACCUAACCCAGUGUAAGAUGUCCUUUCAACUGAGAUCUUCUGCAUCAUGGCUUGACAACAUGGAAGUGCUUGAGCAGAUUAUGUCUGGCCAGUCCAUGAUUCCUUCAGCAUUGCUACAUGCUAAGAAUGUUUCCACAGGCUACAUGGUACAGUUAGCAAUGACUAACACAAUUCCAACAGUCUUGACACCAGUUCUUCUGUCUCAGGCUGUUAAGGUUUGUAUCUUUGUUGCUGUGUAAUCAUUUGUGACUGGUUUUGGAUUUGUGUUGGCCACAGGUAGUUGGUGUAGUUUAUAACAUGUACAUUUUACAUGUAGGCAUAUGUGAUAUUUCAGUAACUAUAAGUGCUUUCAUUAUUAGCAGUCUGAUAUUCUUGUUGGAUAUUUGGAGUACCACAUGACCUUAUUUAUUGUGUAUAUACAUCAUGCAUAAGAAGUAGGCUUGCAUGUACCGUACACCGUGGAAUCAAUCUCUUUGGAAGAGGUGUGGUUCUUAGAAGAACCGGUGAGUGUUAAC